AUGUUUUUCAGUACAUCUCAGGCCAGACCACAUGUCGAUGGUUCAGUGAGGAUAAGGGCAAAUGAUUUUAUUCUUGUUACCACAGCACAGGGGUUUGUUGCAAGAGAAGCAGGAUGGAACAAGCGGAAAGACAGUACAGGAUUUGCUGUAAGUGCUCUGGCCUCGAAUUGGGACAGACUGGGGAAGCCAUUUAAUCCACUUUUAGGUGAGACCUUCGAAUUAAAGAGGGCCGAGUUCAAAAUGGUUUGCGAACAAGUCAGUCACCAUCCUCCGGUGUCGGCGUUCCACGCUGAAGGUGAGGGUUGGGUCUUCCAUGGAUCUAUUCAUCCAAAAUUAAGUUUCUGGGGAAAGAACGUUGAAAUUCAGCCGCAAGGAGUUAUUACAGUGGAAUUUCCAAAGUUAAAGGAAGCCUAUUGGUGGUCGAAUGUCAAAUGUAUUGUCCAUAAUAUUAUAGUUGGAAAACUCUGGAUGGAACAAAUUGGCAAAAUGGAAAUAAAUAGCUAUUCCUCAGACAUUAAAGCCUAUUUACAUUUUAAAGCAGCUACAGGUAAUAAUAAAGAGCUGCACAAAGUUGAAGGGUUUAUUACAAAUAAAGCGAAUGAAAAGCUUUUAUUCAUUUAUGGAAAAUGGUCGGACUAUGUUAAGGUUACAGAUUUAGAUUCUUUUGACGAGUAUGUUCGAGCACAUCCCCUUCAGUUCGCGGGGCUUUCUGAAACCAAAAGCCCCGGUGCCUCACCGUCACGUUCUUCCAAAAAGGUGCUGCAGAAACUGAACAGUCUCAAAGUUAGUUCGUUGAACAAAUCGCAAUCUACUUCAGAGGAUGUCAGUCUCCAAGAGAUGCGUGAUAAUGCAAUAUGCCAAAAUCAUCACACGUAUUUCAUAGAAAUUCCUAAUUCAACACUUAUCUGGGAAUCUGAUGGAAGGCCAGAUCAUAGUUCGGACUACUACAAUUUUACCAAUUUUGCAAUGUCUUUAAAUGAAAUUGAAAAAAAUGAGCCUCUAUGUCCAACUGAUUCGAGACUUAGACCCGAUAUAAGAAAACUUGAACAAGGAGAUAUCGAGGGUGCAGCUACUGAAAAAACCAGAUUGGAGGAGAAACAACGAGAUGCGAAUAAGAGCAGAAAGAGUAAAAAAUCACCGGAGUGGACUCCAAGGAAAGUAUAG